AGUGCAGUACUCUCGUUAGAGAAACUCAACUACAACUGAAACCACGUGACAAACCAAACCCGUCAGUGUCAGGUUGACUGUUCUAGUGAGUCUAAAUAAUGCGGAACUUGAGCUUAAUGCUCUGCAUGGCAGCGCUGAAGCUUCCCAUUUACUGAGAGUUGGUGGAACUGGUUUCCAGUAGAUUGUGCGCGCUGGGAGGAAAGGUUCACGCCAGGAUGACUAACAACGACAACACAGUUCGGUUUUUAUAAUGAAGUGGAUGUGAUUUAAUAAUAUUUAAUUUUUUUUAGCUUUUUUCCAUUAUUUUUACCAACGUAAGCUGAUUAAAAAUGAAGUUUAAUGGAUAUCUGAAGCUCCGUAUCGGGGAGGCUCUGGAUCUGAAACCCACAACCUUCUCCACCCGCCACACUGUCAUCUUCAACAAGGCUCCUCCAGCCCUGGACCCUUACAUCAUGGUGAAGGUGGACGACUUCAAAGUUGGACAGACGCACACCAAGCAGAAAACCAACAUGCCCACGUACAACGAGGAGUUCUGCCUGAACGUCAACAACGGUAAACAGAUCGAGCUGACGGUGUUCCACGACACUCCCAUCGGUUAUGAUGACUUUGUGGCCAACUGCACCAUCCAGUUCGUGGACCUGAUCAAAACCUCCAACACGGGAGAGACCUUUGAGGGAUGGAUGGACUUGGAGCCGGAGGGAAAAGUCUACGUCAUCAUCACGCUCACCGGAUCAUUCACGGAUGAUGAUGCCUUAUUGAAAGAAAACGGCCACAAGCAGUUCACCAGGACGCGGCAGGGCGCUGUGAGACGGAGGGUCCACCAAGUCAACGGACACAAGUUCAUGUCCACGUACCUUCGCCAGUUCACCUUCUGUUUUCACUGCAAAGAGUUCAUUUGGGGUGCUUUUGGAAAACAGGGUUACCAGUGUCAAGUGUGUACCUGUGUGGUUCAUAAACGAUGCCACGAGCUGGUUGUUACGGAGUGUCCGCGCAUGAAGAAGAAAUCAGCAAAAGAGCAGCAGCCUGCAACCCAGGGCUUCAGCAUCAACGUCCCUCACAAGUUCAACAUCCACAGCUACAAGUCGCCCACCUUCUGCGAUCACUGCGGCUCGCUGCUGUGGGGGAUCGUCAGGCAGGGGCUGCACUGCAAGAUUUGUAAAAUCAACGUUCACAUCCGCUGCAAAGACAACAUCGCUCCCAACUGUGGGGUCAACAGUGUGGAGCUGGCCAAUAAGCUCAAAGAGAUGGGUCUGCAGGCUGGAGGGCUUUCCAAACGAAACACGAUGGUGAAGAGUUCAGAGCCGAGGACAAAGUCCUCGGAGAGGAGGCAGAGUACAUGCUCGGAAACUCGACAGCAGAUCCCUCGUAUGGGAAUUUCAGACUUUACAUUUCUUCAAGUACUUGGAAAAGGCAGCUUUGGCAAGGUGAUGCUGGCGAGACUUAACGGCAAAGACCGCGUUUUUGCCAUCAAGGUUUUGAAGAAGGACAUCAUUUUGCAGGACGAUGACGUCGAGUGCACCAUGACUGAGAAGCGGGUGCUCUCACUGGCGCGUCUGCACCCCUACCUCACAGAGCUUUACUGCUGUUUCCAGACACCGGACCGACUCUUCUUCGUGAUGGAGUUCGUUAAUGGCGGAGAUCUCAUGUUCCACAUCCAGAAGUCCAGGAAAUUCGAAGAGGGCAGGGCGCGCUUCUACACGGCGGAGAUCACUUCUGCUCUCAUGUUCCUCCACAGCAAAGGCGUCAUAUACAGGGACCUAAAACUGGACAACGUCCUUCUGGACAAAGACGGUCACUGUAAGCUGGCAGACUUCGGCAUGUGCAAGGAAGGAAUACGUGACGGUGCGGUAACCGGAACGUUCUGUGGGACCCCGGAUUAUAUUGCCCCAGAGCCUAAAUCAUUGUCAUUGUGUUCUAGAGAUACAAACUUUUAUUUUUAUUAUUAUAAUCACUAUCAUUUCUGAAUACAUAUGUUUUUCCACAGUUCCUGACCAGAAACCCGGCGCGGCGUCUCGGAUGUGUGGCGUCAGACGGUGGCGAGGAUGCCGUGGUCAACCAUGCCUUCUUCGCUAGCAUUGACUGGGAAAAACUAAAUCGCAAAGAAAUAGAGCCACCUUUUAAGCCGAGGAUUAAAGCACCAGAAGACGUCAACAACUUCGACCCAGAUUUCACUCGGGAGGAGCCCACCCUCACGCCCAUCGAUGAGCUUGUGAUCCCGUCCAUCAACCAGGAAGAGUUUACGAUGUUUUCCUUCACCUCACCUGAACUGCUUGACCUCUAAGAGCCUCCAGCUUCAUUCCGCUUGUGUCUUUCUUCACAUUUUUAUUUAAUUGCUGAAAGACACUUACUUUUCCUCAGAAAUGUGCUGAACUCUGAAAAAAGUCGAACACGGCUCAAAAAAACAAACAUAACGGGGCUGUAACCAAACUGUAAUCUAUGAUGUUGCAUGUUUACCAAAUUUUGAGCACACACACACACACACACGCGCGCGCCAAAGAGAUGUUUUGAACUUUGUUAGUUUUGCUUACUUUUUUCUCCAAAUGAAAAAGCACUUUUUAAAAAAGAUACUUCACUGUAUUUGUCCAUUAUAGAAGAGCCAGCCAGAUUCCCAGUAAAGUCUAAAUACCAGUUAAAUCGUGGAAAAGCUGACUGAGCAGAUGAAAUACGUUCUCGCUGAUGUAAUCCAACACUGGAAAAAUAUAAAUUCACACAGACAAAUUGGCUAGGGAAGUUUUCUCUGUCGAGUUAAUGAAACCGCUGUUUAAGUUCCUCAUGUGAUCAGAUUUAAUUAACAGCUGCACUCCGAGAAUAAGCACAGGUGUGUAUAAACAAUUUAUAGGUCACAAAAAUGUUACUUGUCUGUGUAAUUUGAUCAUGCAGGUUUUUUUAAAGAGGAAGUUACCCGUAGAUCAACUUUUUUUUGCUCAUGGACCAUAUAAACGAGUGUCUAAUUGUGCUGUAGACAAAUGUAGUCAAUAAUUUGGCACUUCAGUGCAUCUUAGUUAAAAUUUAAAUAUUCUGCC